UUCAUUUAACAGGACAGAAAGGCAAAGAGCUGAUGUUUGAUGAUCUGCCGCAUGAGGCUGAGAGCAUUGAGCAUUUUACAAAAGCUGGCUGUGAUGAAGGAACUUACACAGCUGAAAUCUCAACAGGAGUAAUCCCCGUCACCGUGACGGUCACAGGAACCUCCCCAACACUUAAGGUAGGGAUAAAAGGAGGCAACGUCACACUGCCAUGUCAAUAUGAUGGCAGUGAGAUCCCUGAAAUUGAUUUGAGUCGGUCAGAAAACAUCAGCGUCUGUCAGACUGAAGAGUGUAGUUGCAGAGUGUGUAAGAAAGGAGCCUGUGACGUCGUCAUCAAGGACCUGAGCUUCAGUGAUGCUGGGACGUACAUUUUGAGAGUCUAUUAUCGCAAUGAUCAGGCAGAGCUGGAGCCACAAAUCAGGAUGUACCAACUUUGUGUCGAUGAUGAGAUUUCUGUGAAAACAGGUGAGGAGCUGAAGUUGGAUGUUCUGUUGUCAAACGCUGAUAAAGUUCAGCAUCAGAACAGAAGAAGCAUAGGUUGGAGAGAUGAUUGGAGCAAAACUGAUGGAGUUCAGAGCGAACGUAUCACCAUCAGAGAUAGAAACCUGAUCAUUGAUGAGUUUAGACCCAGAGACGCAGGAUCAUACAGAGUUCUGGACCCUGAAGGAGAAAUCUUGAUCACAGUGAAAGUCAGAGACUCUGUGGCCUGGUCUGUGGCUCUGCGGGACGGGGUGGUUCUGAAGGCGGUAGCUGUGGAUGUUCUCCUUCUGGUCCUCUUCAGUCUGCAGCACAGUCUGCUGGCCAGGACUCCGGUUAAGCGAGUGUGUCAGAAUGUGUUUGGGGUUUUGUCCAGAUCCGUGUACUGCUUCACCACCGCCGUAGCACUGCAGAUAUUGAUGCACUACUGGCAGCCGGUCACCAGCGCCCCCUGCCUGUGGUCAGUGCGCAAUGCACCCUGGGAUAUCUGGUUCCCGCUCAUCUGUUUUAUCUUACACUUCCUGUGCUGGGCCAUAAUCUGCAGCAUCCUGCUCAUCUUCGACUAUCCAGAACUGCUGGGCAUCAAACAGGUGUAUUAUGAGUGUCUGGGUCUGGGCGACCCUCUCCUGCUGAAGUCUGAGCGUGCGCAGCGGCUCUACGCUCACCUCAGGCAUCCCGUCUGUGUGGAGCUGCUCACGGUGCUCUGGCUCCUCCCCACGUUCCCGCUGGACCGGCUCCUGCUGGCUGUGUACCUGUCCGUUUACCUGAUCCUCGCUCACUCGCUGGACACCCAGGACUGCACUUACCUGCGCCGGCAGCUGCGCAGCAAACUGCAGCUCUUCUCCGCACCACUAGAGGGCAGCGAUCAGAGCAGCAACACGCAUAAGACAGACUGAAUGACAGGCAUGGUCAAAUAAGAGUGUAGUGCUGCCUUCAAGUUGUUACCUAGAAAACCAGAAGUCACUAAACCACGUUUAGUCAUUUUCAUAUUUCUUUAUAUUCAAAAAGCCAGGCAGAUGUUACCACUAGUGCAACCGAAUGAACGAGAAGUGAUGCAAAUGUAGUGUGUGUGUGUAACGGAGGCUUUAUCUGUGCGUUUCAUCAUUUAUGUGCUGCUGCAGAGAACGAUGAGAAAUGUACAGUAGUUUUGUUGCACAAGCCUCUUGCCUCAAAAACCAACUAUCUUGUAGUUCUUCACCAGUACACAAAUGCACACAAACUAAAUUGUGCUGUUAACAGUUAAAACGUCUUAUAAUCAAAAAAUCUAUUUGCUUGCACCUUGAUUCUUUAAUUGUCCUGACACUUUUCGACUUUGGGUGGCAUAAAUGUGGUCGUACUGAUGUGACUUGAAGGCAGCAUUACAAUUAAAGCUAUAUUUGGAAUGAAAUACUAGAAUACGGCACAAUAUACACUAUAAACCUUCCAAAAUAUAUUUUUUAAGUACUUUAAAAAGAAACAUUAUUUGCAUGCAUCAAUUGCAAAUGCAAAAUGUGACGACAAAUGCAGCAUAUUGCAUUUCUAAUCAUAACUAUGCAUUUUUAAUG